CAAAUUUGUUGGGUUAGGAAGGGGUCUACGUAGAGGUGAUACGUCAUUGUGCUCAUAUAUGGCUCCAAAAUCAGAAAAGUUAAAAUACCCGAUCAGUUGGACGUAUUCCGUCACUCUUGUCCAGCAUCUCGAAGGAUGGUUGCCUCACUAAAUGUCACCAAGAGGGUCAAAUCCAAUUUCCUUAAUCUAUUCGUGGGACUAGUUAUUUUGGCCUUGGCUUCAUGGCCGUUAGAAGGUGAUUGUGCCGGAUUCCGACAGAUUUCCAAUAUGAAGGAUUUAUCAAGAGCCUUCGAUGAAAACGAACAAGUGAAGAAUUUACAUGAUGUCAUCGAACAAGCCGUCAUCAAUAAGCUCUUUGAAAUCAUGAGCCAACCCAAAGAAGCCGCAUUUUCGCCUCCCAACAACAACAACAACAACAACAACCGUGCGGGCAGAGAGGUGUCUAGAGUGGAUUCUGCCAAUCCAGGAACUUUUGAGGGUGUGGGUCAUUCGUUGUUCCGGCGAUACUUGACCGAAAACUAGGAGGGCUCGUUCCGUGCCCUGCUUUGGAUUCCUUGGGGGAGGGGGGGAUUUAGAGCCAUGUCAAUUUUUGGUUUUAUUUUAUUUCAGUUGGUGAUUUUCACCUUGGUUCGGUAUAAAUUGAAAUUAAAUAGACGCAAUUCCGGAUGAAAUUGGAGUAAAA